GUUCGAACCGAACUUCCGACGCACAGGUGAGGUUAAAAAAAAUCUAUCAAUAACGGCAAUAAUCUGUUUAUAUAAAACAGAGCGAGCAAGUGUAUUGAAUUUGUUGGCUGCUCUGGAUUCAUGACUGAAAAAUGCCCAGAUUUCGUGAGCGUCCAGGGCAUGCACAAUGCCAUCCCGCCACACAAACACCUCCUGACCAGAGCAGUCUGAUAGCUAACAGAUACAUCCUCCAGCAGAGACUCGGGAAGGGCAGCUUCGCCACUGUUUACCUUGUUAAAGAUACAAAGGCAGCAGCAGCAGCGGAGAGACUGAAGGUGCUUAAGGAGAUUCCUGUUGGUGGUCUGAAACCCAAUGAGACGGUCCAUGCCACUCAAGAGGCUCAGCUUCUCUCUCAGCUGAACCAUCCUGCCAUCCUCAAGUUCUACACCAGCUUCCUGGAGAGAGACGCCUUCUGCAUCAUCACUGAGUACUGUGAGGACAAAGAUUUGGACUGUAAGUUGGAAGAGCUGAAGCGCACAGGCCGGACGUUAUCAGAGCCUCAGGUCUGUGAAUGGCUCUGUCAGCUUCUGUUGGGAGUACAUUACAUACAUCAGAGGAGAAUACUUCACAGAGAUCUAAAGGCCAAAAAUAUAUUUAUAAGGAAGAACAUUGUUAAGAUAGGUGACUUUGGUGUAUCCUGUCUGCUGAUGGGGUCAUGUGACCUGGCGACUACCUUCACAGGCACUCCGUACUACAUGAGCCCUGAAGCCCUCAGUCACAGAGGAUACGACUCCAAAUCAGACAUCUGGUCUUUAGGCUGUAUCCUUUAUGAGAUGUGCUGUUUGGCGCAUGCUUUUGAAGGGCAGAACUUCUUGACUGUGGUAACGAUGAUUGUGGAGGGACCUACUCCAUCCCUGCCAGAAACAUACUCACGGCAGCUCAACUCUCUAAUGCAAAGUAUGUUAGAAAAGGAUUCUUCAUGCAGGAUCUCGGCAGCAGAUGCGCUGAGGAGCAGGUUCAUUGAGGAGAGCUUGCAGAGCAUGAAACACAAGUUUUUUAGCCUGACGCUGCGAGACAAGUCGAUGGGGGGAGAGAGAGAUGCGUCGCAGAUACUGAGAGCACUGCAGAAGAAGGUACAUCUGCAGACACUGCGGGAGAGAUCAGAGGUGCAGAAAAUGAGCCCGAGAGAACGCAUGCGGCUCCGGAAACUCCAAGCAGCAGAUGAGAAAGCAAGAAAGCUGAAGCAAAUUGUGGAGGAAAAGUACCAAGAAAACCACCUGCGCAUGCAAGAGUACAAGUCCAAAAAUUUUCAGAAAGUCAGUGUGGACGUUUUAAAGGUGAGAAUGGAAGAAGCAGUAAACCAGACCCAACCAAUUCAGAGUGAGACACCAAUAUCCGAUCUGUCAGGAAGCAUUUCUCAAAACUCUGAUAAGAUGUGCAAGUCUGUGUCAAAAGACCAUGCAAUCCCAGAGGAUCCUCAGGCGGCAGAGGCAUUUUACUCCGUGGAUGAAUUUGAGUCAUGCUCGGAGGAAGAUUCAGAUGGAGAGGAAGCAGAUAAUCUCCCCACAGACCCUUCCUGUCAGACAUGUGGACAGGACAGUGACCUGGAGGCCAUGAUCAGGCACAUGGAAAAUGUUCUGGAUGGUGACUUGGUUGGAGCUGAAGCAGAGGAACAGAAGUCUCAGCUGGGUUCUCUGGGAGCGAGUAGCAUCAAUACCUCCAUGGCUGAGGGCAGAAUACAGCGCAUGAAAGAGUCGGUGUGUCGGAAGCUAGGAGAGGAGGUGUUCCUGAAGGUCUAUGACUAUCUGAAGCAGGCCAGACAGAGGCAGGAGAGUGAAGAGAGCAUCAGACAGGCUCUGAUCCAGCUGGUGGAGAGGCCCGGUGAUUGCUUUGAAGUGGAUCAACUACUUUAUUAUGAAGAGCUGCUUGUGGCGGCACAGGAAAACACUGUAAGAUAACAAUGAAGCAGAUACACACACACACACUCACAGAUGUUAUCCGUCAACAACUAUAUAGAUCAAUUUAUGUACUUUUAAGAUCUGCAUGUGAUGCAACUUCAUAUUAUGUGAGUGCAAAUACUCUGUAAGGGUUGUGCAAAAUUCGGUAUAUAUAUA